CUUUCUCGGAGCCCAAGUCUGUGCCAUGAACCGCGACGAGUUUAAUGCCGCGCGGAAGCAGUACAAGGACGAGGCCGACGAAGACCUCAACCGCAAGAUGAACGGCCAUCUCCCCCACAGCAGUCCAAUUCUGUCGGCGUGUGUGUCAAACUUGAAAUUUGAGGUGACGAGCACGCGACUGCACCAGUUUUUGGAAGCGAACGGGAUAUUCUCCAUCACGAAGUGCAAAGUGAAAAUAGAAAACGGACGGUCCGUGGGCCGCGCCACAGUCACCGUCGCCUCGUCGAGCGACAUGGACAAGCUUCUUGGACUGAACGACGUGCGCUUUUUCUCACGCCCCAUGCGAGUCCAAAUCGACCGCAAGAGCGUUCCUAUACUUAGUCGAUGGAACGGCACGUCGAUGAGCGUUGGCACUCUGCCAGACGCGUCAGACGAAUUUCGUCCGUACUGGACAACGUCGUCCAACAUGGCAUUGGAAAUCACCGAACGCGGCAAGCAUGUGUUGGCGAUGGAAUUCGCCAAGUCGCGGCGAAUCGAGUUCAAGGUGCGCGAUGUGGUCCGCUGUUGCGUCCAUGCUGCAGCCACCGACGACGACGGGUGUUCGCUGUGGUUUCAUGUACGACGCCCUCCAAUGUGCUUUCAAAAAGUAGGUCUGCAUCUGUUCAAGGACGACGACGAUGACUGGGUUCGGUCCACCGAUCCCUCUGGCGCGUCGGUGUUUGGUCAGUGUUUUGCCUACGCCGUGGAGUUGCCCAUGUCCCGCGCCCUCGUUUCAACCACGCUUCAACGAUAUGGCGUCAAAGCCACCAAGCAUUGCACGUAUCACAAACCAGUGGUGCCGGGCAUCCCGCCAGAGCAGGUGUUGGGGAAGUGGAGUGGCGGAGACGAUCGCCGCUUUGCCAACGUGCCGUGGACCGUCCGCUACGCGCUCCAUGUGCUGGUCGUUCAGCGCAAGAUUGACUUCCUCGAUGCUGCGUUUGCCACGCAUGUAGCCACUGCAUGCGCUACGUCCAAGGUGCCCCCAGCUGUCCUGAGUCACCACCUUGUGGCGCUGCGGGUGUUUCCUCGACGAAGCAUUGCCGACAAGCUGUUGGCGCUGCUGGACCCUUCGACCCCCCUCCCGUCGACCCCCACGGGCCACACGAUUCGACGGGUGCUGGUCACGCCCCUGCGCGUCGUGCCGGAAGCCCCCGAAGCCGACCAAACCAACCGCGUGCUGCGCCAGUACGGCCACUUGGUCGACCGAUUCCUUCGCGUGACGUUUGUGGACGAGAACUUUGCGUCCAUAUUCAACGUGAACCGGUCGCCGUACGUAUUUGAUCGCAUUCGCCAACUCGUCCGCACCGGAUUGAAUGUGUCGGGGGAUCAAUUUGACUUUUUGGCGUACUCAAACAGCCAAUUGCGAAGCCAGAGCUGCUGGUUUUUCAAGUCGGCCACCGACGGCGAAGCGGGCAUCCCGUCGGUGGACGAGAUCCGACGGUCGCUCGGCAGCUUCCAAGCGAUCGCCGUGCCCGGUCGCCGGGGGGCGCGCAUCGGCCAAGCAUUCAGCAGCACCACGCCCACGCUGGACGUGCCCGCGCAUCGCGUCCGCGUCCAAGCCGACAUCGAACGACACGGGUACACGUUCUCGGACGGAGUGGGGUACAUGUCCCCGUCGUUUGCGGAGAGAGUGGCGACGUUCAUGCGAGUGGGGUGCGUGCCGUCGGCGCUUCAGAUUCGAUACGGCGGGGCCAAGGGCGUCGUAUCCGUCAUGCCAACUCCCCUGGAUGUGGACAUGGUGUUGCGGAAAAGCAUGGUCAAGUUUGCAUCGGACCAUACGGGGCUCGAGAUUUGCAAUGUGGCGGCGGCGACUCCGUUCUACUUGAACCGCCAGGUGAUUCCGCUCUUGAGCUGCCUGGGGGUGCAUGACGCGAGCGUGAUGGCGCUGCUGAACGACAUGCUCGAGUCCAUGGCCUCGUCCGCUUCGACGGCCGCCGAUGCGAUCGUCCUGUUUGAGAAGCAUGCCCCGUUGGACCCCCCUCUGCGCCUGCUCAAGGCUGGCUGUACACUGGACGACCCGUUUGUGUUUGAGUGGACGCAGUCGCUGCGGCGUCGGCUAUCUUUGGACUUGCAGCUCAAGGCUCGCAUCUUGGUGCCCCGAGCCGUGUGCCUCAUGGGAGUGCUCGACGAGACCCACAGCCUAGAAGAAGGCCAAGUGUUUUUCCAGACACGGAGCAACCGAUACGAGGUCCCGCCAACGGGGGCGUUGCUGGCAGUCGGGCGGUGCCCUUGCUUGCAUCCAGGGGACAUUCGACUCAUGCGUCGAGCGCACGUCCCCCGACUUGGUCACUUGUACGAUGUGCUAGUGUUUUCGAGCAAUGGCGGCCGGCCAGACCCAAACAAAAUGUCUGGCGGCGACUUGGACGGAGACAUUUACUUUGUCCUGUGGGAUAAAUCGCUGCUGCCCACACACGAGUACCCCCCCAUGUUAUAUGACCCUCCAACGCCCAACCACGCGUCGACGGGGGGCUCUGCCCUCUCGCACUCGGACCAAGUGGCCGAGUUUUUCGUCGAGUACAUGCGAAACGACAACUUGGGUCAAAUUUCCAGCGCCCAUUUGGUCUUCACGGACAUGACCGACGCCGGCGCCAAGUCCGACGAGUGCUUGGAACUGGCGGAGCAGGCGUCUGUGGCCGUCGACUACGCCAAGACGGGCGUGUCAGUCCAAGGUCGCAUCCGGAGCUCGCCCGUCUACCCCGACUUUAUGGAGAAUGCCACCAAGGCAUCGUACCAGUCGGACAAGAUCCUCGGCCAAGUGUACCGUCGCGCCAAGCACGCGAAUCCACCGUCCAUGUCACAUUGCACGUGGCGCCAUGACGCGCGACUCGUGGUACCCGGGCACGAAGCGUACAUGAACGACGCGGACGACCAGUGCUUUGCCUACUCGACGGAACUCUGGGACAUCGCGUGCAAGUACCACGUCCACAGUGAGAUUGAGCUCAUUUCAGGGAACGUUCGCAGCUUGUCCCGACAAAUAUGCCGUCGCAAAGGGCUCAAAGCGUCCAAAGACGUGUCUGACCGCUUGCAGUUGGUCGUCCGUCAAGUUCGAACCAAGUACGAAGCCAAGUUUUGGGCCGAAUUCGGCAACGAUGUCAACGACCCGCGGGCGCUCCAGAAGGCGUCUGCGUGGUACUACACUGCGUACACGUACGAGUGGGAACAUGGAGACCCGCCGUACUUGAGCUUUGGGUGGUUGGCACUCGCCCCCAUGUGCCGGUUGCUCGAACUGGCGUGUUCCCCUUGAUAGGGUUUUGAUUUGGCUUCUAAUUUUGAAUAUUGUUUGUGUUUAUUCUAGUACUGCGUACAGUAGUAAACUGGAGAAUAAAUAAAUCGGCA